UGUCGAGCGCACCGCUUCUGCGCACUAGUCUGCUACCUACCUGCUACUGCUGCUGCUGCGGUUGUUGCAGCGGCGGCGCCCGAGCCCGAAGCAGUGCGUGUGUCUCAGAGGAGUUUGUACGCAAGGGUAGCUUUAGGUCCUUUAUCCAUACCUUGCACAGAUAGACUCGUCGUCACGCAUGUGUCAGGCACUCCAGUGGACGUUGUCGGAUACUGGUUUGGUGCCCGGGGCUGACUUUAGCGUGGCGUAUUGCGGGGUAUGGAUCCCGUGAUCGGCUGGUAUCAACCAGAGCAAGAGGGUCCCGCUCGACAAUUGUGGUCUCGCAUUGCAGAAGCUCGCUGCGUCCCAAUGACGGACAACAACAGCAACAACAAGGCCCCUGAGUUUAUCCCGAUUGACAGCAAUUGCCACGAUGACAGAAGUAAUCCCAUACACCACCCUCCCCGCAAGAAAACGGACAACCGCGCCAGCACCUUUAACCUUAACAGCGACCAUGCCAACCUCAUUGGGAAGCACGGGGGAUGUCCGUGGAGAGAACUGCGCUCGAAAUAUGACAGAGGAGUCAUUGGUCUUCAUCAGGAAAUUGAGGAUUUUCACAAGUAUAUCAGUCCAACUUCAGAAGAAAGGGAAGUAAGAAAUGUUGUUGUGUUGAAAAUGAAAAAGCUUAUUAAAGAAUUGUGGCCUGCUGCCAAGCUGCAAGUUUUUGGUAGCUUCCGAACUGGCCUUUAUUUGCCCACCAGUGAUAUAGAUUUGGUAGUGAUAGGAAAGUGGAAUGUUCAGAGCCAGGAGAGGCUUCCCUUAAGAACAUUGGAACAAGCCAUUUAUCAGCACAAUUUAGCUGAACCUGGUUCAGUCAAGGUUUUAGAUAAAGCUUCGGUGCCAAUUGUGAAAUUUACUGAUCGCUUAUCAGAGAUAAGAGUGGAUGUGAGUUUCAAUAUGAGUAAUGGAGUGAAAUCUGCUGAACUGAUAAAGAAGUUCAAGCAAAGAUAUCCUGUCUUAUAUAGUCUGGUGCUGGUCCUAAAGCAGUUUCUCCUUCAGAGAGACUUAAAUGAGGUAUUCACUGGUGGAAUAUCUUCCUACAGUCUUAUUUUAAUGACAAUCAGCUUUUUGCAGCUCCACCCAAGACAAACAGCUCUUACGCCCGGUGCAAACUUGGGUAUCCUAUUAAUAGAAUUUUUGGAGCUCUAUGGGAAAAAGUUCAAUUACAUGAAAACUGCCAUCAGAGUCAGUGAGGGUGGCAGCUACAUAUCUAAAGAGGAGGUUCAAAAAAAUAUGAAAGAUGGUUAUCGACCCUCCUUAUUGUGUAUUGAAGAUCCGCUUAACAUCACCAAUGACAUUGGACGAAGCUCUCAUGGGGCACUGUAUGUUAAACAAGCCUUUGAGUAUGCCUAUAUUGUGCUAACUCAAGCCGUGAACCCUUUAAAUACUCUCUUAUAUGACCCUAACAAAGUCAGUAUAUUGGGAAGAAUUAUAAGAGUCACAGAUAGUGUUAUUGAGUACCGGCAAUGGGUCAAACAGGAAUUUCCUUUUUCUAAAAAUCCUGAACUCAUGUUAAAUGGUAGUGGUUCUUCUGAUGGAGAAAAUGAAGAGGAGCCUGAUACUAGCCCAGAUUCCAGUGCUCCUGGAUCAGACUCGGACUCCUCCUCCUCCAGAGGGGAUAGUGGUAUCAAUGGAAUUUCUAACGCAAAUAAUGCUCCAUGGCUCAACAACUCAUACUACCACCGCGCAGGACGUGGUGGUAUGCCAACCAAUAACAAACAUCGUCGCUUCGUUGACAACGGGACCCAAGGUAAAGGAACUGGAAGGCUACGCAACUACUACCGAGCUUCAUCCCGUGAUUGGUAACCAGAGCUGAGCCCAAAAUGGACGAGGGGGCAUGCACCAACGGCCAGGCCGAGGUGGUGGCAAUGGACAUGGUGGCCGCGGCAGAACCUUCAGCAGUCGGAAACGACGAAAAAGUAGGGAAACGGAGCCUAUCAAUUUGUGACACUCGUGCUAUCUAGAUAACAAAUGUUUGAUGUUAAACAUACUUGUGUGAUUUAGGGAAAUAAUGUGUCUUUGUUUCGGUGAUGUUUCCUACCAUUUUUGUAGACUUUCAUGUUAUUUGAAGCAAGACACUGAUUGGAGACAAAGUCCCUUGUAGCACCUGCUAUUCAGUGGCUCCUACUAUUUGCUCAUGGCAAUUCCCUACAUUGUCUUUUGUCUGGAUUUCCUGAGAGGUUGGUGCAAUCCCUCUCCAUCAUACAUGAGACUUUCAAAAUUUGCUUAAUUCCUUUGUUCAAUUCCAUUUUUGUGUGUUUAACUAAUGAUUGUGUGGCAUUUCAAUUUUAACUCCUUUUAUCUUAUAGUCAAAGGCGUUGGUCUAGUCUCAUUUGGUGUUGUACUGACGCUAGCACUUUCAUGUCUUUUUCACACAUACACACAUGAAAGGAUUUUGGGACUGAAUAGGGAGUGUUGUAACAUUCAAAACAGGGGUUGCAAGUUUCUGUGAUUCCAUAUUUGAUGUUUGUAUAAAUGCUCACAUUGAGUAGAAAAAAAAGUCUCUAUGUAAUUUAAGCUAAUUAUAUUUAGGAGAGAUUAUCUGAGUGUUAGGAAAUGUUCCAAUGUGGUACAAAUUUUUGAAAUGAUAGAAUCCCUCUUAACAUAUACAGUUGUGUGUGCACAAUGUUACCUCUUGACUUAAUACCAUUUUUUUUUCUGUGGGAUUGGCAUAUUUGCUACUGCAAAUAACAUGGACAGAAAGGUUAAUGGUGUUGCUUACCUUGUAAAUUUUGUACAAUAGACAACCAAAGAGGGUAAAUUGUGUGUCUGCUGAAAUAUGAGGGCACCUUUGUUACACUGUGGUUACCUGUUUCCUAUUUUUCUUUGUAGCCAUAUUACACUGUUGAAUUUUGGAGGUCAGAGCUGGUAUGUUUUUAACUACUUAUCUUUUCUAUGCAGAUUUUAUCAUUUAUGGGAGACAUAUUUUUCCUAUGCUUUGUUAUAAAAAUUGUUGCAGUCACUGCUGUUCCUAAAUUAACUUGUUUUCCAAGUUUACGUGCAGUUGACCCUUGGCUAUCAUCUCACUAAGUGGUCAUUAAUUGACUUUUCAAGGAAAUGAUAUGUAAAUGACAUGUGUUCUGCUAAAAUGUGAUAAUUUUUAGAACGUUUUAGUUUAAUGUAGUUGUCCUAGAAUUUCUAUCUUUUUAACAGACCUCAGGAUGCAUUUUGAGUAAAAUUCCUGUAUGUGAAUGUUGUAUCCUAAUCCAAUAUAUUGGAGCUGUGGGAAAAAUCUCGCUCUGUUGGUAUUAGGAACUAAAUCACUUUCUCUUCCAGUUGUUUUCCAGCUUAAUUUAGCUGCUCAUGGCUUUCGUACUCUUACCUGCUGAUGAGCUGUAUUUGUUGUAUCUCUUUCUUCCCUGCUGGUGUAAUAUUUUACAUCACAGAUGUACUGCAUAGUUGUUAAAUUUUUUUAUCUGGUCUACAUGGCAUACUCAAUCUACUUUUGAAGAUAUAUUUUGAAUUUGGACACAAGGAGAAUAUCUGAGGGGGGUAUAUUUCAGUGCUCAUAUUUAUUUAAGAUUCCCUUCUGAUGACCUUUUCUUGAUUGUGCUCAAAUCCGACUUAAGCGUUUUCUCUAUUCUUCUUCUUCUUCAAUCAGAAAUAGUUUGUCGUGUUACAGGGUGUGUUAGAUAUUUACCUCAAGCCAGUAUCAAUCAUAUUUAUUACCAUAAUUUUGGGGGCAUUUGUAGUGAGCGUGCUUAUAAAAAUAUUGUGUUAGGGAUUUUUAACAAUGAAGUGUUGGCAAUAAUAGAGGGGAUGGGGAAGAUAAAUGUUCAUCUCAAAAACAUAGACUUCUGUACAAAUUGCUUGUCAGAUUUGUGAUUUUAGGACUGCUUCAGAUGUGAACAAAGCUUGUGGAAAUGUGUUUUCUUGUGGUUUUCUGCAUUGUUGUGCUGUGUUAGCCCAAUUUUCUGGUUUGAAUUAUUAUCUGAAGCUUUCCUUCUAGAUUGAGCUUUCAUGAAUUUAGGCUUGUAAGAAAUUGUCAGAAUUUAUGACAAUUUUGCAAUAAUUUGAUACUAUAUCCAACAGUGUUUUGGCUCUAAACUGAUAGUGAAAGAAGUCUGAGUAUUUAUUCGUACUUAACCUCAUUUUAUUGACUCUAGGUUACUUGUUAUCUCUGGUAAGAUAAAUCAUUUCAACCUGAAGGGCAUAACUUGCUGGCUCCAAAAUCAUCUCUCUGGAACUGAUAUUAGUCUGGAAUUGAGAGAAUUUAAAUUAUACUUCGUUGAUUUAAUUUAUUUGGGAAUAACAUUUCAGUAAAAUAAACCAGUGAUUAAGAAAUGCCUUUCAUGUUUUGCUGUAUUAUGCCACUCUAGUUGUGGUUUGGUGAUGCAUGAUAGAUUUACUACCCCUUUAUAUGAAAGCGGAACCCACAAAAUUUUUCAGUCUGGAAUCUCCCUAAAUUUCUGAUGGAAUUCUCAACUGCCUAAAUGGUGUUUUGUAACACCUGGUAACACUGAUAGUUACAGUGAAGAGUUGUAUGCAAGUGUCAUCUCAAUUUUCUUAUGUGUCCUUUUGAUUACUUAAUGAAAAUGCAAAUUAGCUGGGAUGGAUUUAGCACAAUUUCUAUUGUUUCAUGUGAUACUUUCUCAGUGGGCAGUGUUCUGCAAAUAUUCUUUAAUACAUAGCUCCCAAGUGUUGGGCAUUCUCAGAAGUAUUAUUGCACUUGGUGUCUGUUAUAAACUUUUACUUUGUUUUUUGAAUGUGCACCUGUUUUGAGAUCAAAUCAUGUUUUUAUAUGCUGUCUAAUCAAAAUUAUGCUUUAGGUUCGUUCUUUCUUUACUACGUUUUUGUUCCGUCCCUGUGGCUGCUUAUGUUUUGUGCCGUUGAUUGGAAAACUAGCAAAUUUUUUUUAAUGUUUAGCGCCACUGUAAAAUUGAUUGUACAUCUGAUUGGAUAAGCGCCAACAAAUAUUUCAGUUCCUAGUCCAAAGUACAUAAAUGUACAAAAUGCUAAAUAAAAAGUAAUAUAAAUUUAUAAAAUGUAAAAAAAAAUAUUAAAAUAUAUAAAGAACCAACCAA